CGCCCCCCGCAGCCUGCGGGCGCCCAGCGCGAUGCGCCCCGGGCCCAGCUCUGCGGAAUAGCGCGGCCGCCGCCGGCUCCCCGCGGGCUGGGGGCGGACGGACCCGACCGCUGGCAAUUCCCUAUUGAUGUCCAUGAAUGCAAACACCAUGAUUUUCAUGAUCCUGGGCGCCUCUAUCGUUAUGGCAAUAGCUUGCUUGAUGGACAUGAAUGCGUUGUUGGACAGAUUUCACAAUUACAUCUUACCGCAUCUGAGAGGGGAAGACCGAGUUUGUCACUGCAACUGUGGGAGGCAUCAUGUCCAUUAUGUCAUUCCGUAUGACGGGGAUCAGUCAGUGGUGGACUCCUCGGAGAAUUACUUUGUGACUGACAAUGUAACCAAGCAAGAGAUUGAUCUGAUGCUGGGACUUUUGCUGGGCUUUUGUAUAAGCUGGUUUCUGGUGUGGAUGGAUGGGGUUCUCCACUAUGCAGUGCGAGCCUGGAGAACCAGCCGACGGUAUGACAACUCCUGGUCUUGGAUUCCAAAAUUUUGUAACUUAAAGGAGUUCAGAAAACGUCAUCACAGGCAGUACGAGGAGGCGACUGGGAACAUGGUGCACAUCAAACAGAAGCUGUACCAUAAUGGGCACCCAAGCCCACGGCACCUCUGAGGAAUGCCUUCCCCUCCAGAGACUGCAGUGAGGUUUUAAAAAAGGACUUUGCUCUUCUUCCAGGGGAACAGCUACCUGUUUGCUCCUCUACGGAAGCCAGCCGAGGACACAAUUUUACUUAUCCAUCCCGUGUGUCCCUGUGGCACACCACGAUGCACAACUAAGCCAGUCCUGGAUGCUACGCAGCCAAGACAUUGCACUGUGUUCCACAUUUUAUUGUCAGACUUGUGUAUAUAUGUAAAAAGCAGACAAACGAAAAAGAGAAAAGAGAUUUGCAUUAUACUUUCAGCCCCCUUUUCCUGGCAUUUACGGCUGUCCUGCACAUCCAGCUACCCUACGGGGAACGUUGGCCAAGGGUAUGGAGGUGGGACAACAUGAAGAAGAUGUGGAGUUUCUCAUCCAAGAGCUCAAGUCCCCCGUUUCUUUGGUCCUUUGGCUUGGUUUUGCUCUGCUCUGUUCUUUCCGUUGCCAAACCGGCUCGGCUGGUCACAGGUUUGGAUGGGGACUGCUGCCAGCUGGUUGUGACGGCACAGUGUCCCUUUUGCAUUGGUUCACGUUUUGGGGAGUUGCUGUGGGGGAAGGAAGGCCUGGGAAUAUAUAACUGAGUUGCUGUUUGCGUUGCUAUACACUGAAACCUGCCUUAAGCAACCCAAGAAAUCUUAGUACCAGGGGAAGAGUACGAUGAGGUGUCUCCAUGUAACGGGGCUGGUGCUGCCUGGUUUACACCACUUUUAUAUUGGUGGUACCUUGCCGAUGCCAGUGCUGCUGUUCUUCACUAAUGCCAGAGAGGAGUUGCUCCUCAUACGUGCGGGGAGAAGUGUAUUGAGUUGAACGGUGUUAGAUGUGAUUUGCACCCUGAUCCUACCCCUCUGCUGCAUAACCACCACCCACCCCUUGCCGGGAGGAAAGGAGCUGCUCUCUCCUUCUUCUCAGAGGGUGAGCCCGAGGCUCUGGUUAAUACCACCCCAGAAACACUGACAACGCAGCGAGAGGGUCCUGUUAACGGCCUCACUCUUCCUGCACAUGACCAGCCACCUAUCUUCUUGCGUUCCUGCUCCGAGCUGCAAUAGCACGUGGGCAGCAGGCUGGGCUUGGCUUGAGGAACACAGAGAGACGUGGGCCUGAAGCCAAACUCACCUACAGAGUCAAAUGUCCCAAUAAUGGGUUGGAUCAAAGUACGAGGAUGCUCUAGUGUGGUUUUGCCUUUGCUUCCCAGCCCUCGAAGUGUUCAAGGCCAGGUUGGAUGGGGCUUUGAGCAACCUGGUCUGGUGGAAGGUGUCCCUGCCAAGACCUAGAUGGCCUUUAAGGUCCCUUCCAACACUAACCAUUCUAUGAUUCCCCUGGUCGCAGCUUAGGUGUGGGUUUCAAGGUAGCUAUUGAGUGUCUGAAAGCAACCUCCACAUCCAGAGACCUCCUCCACUCCAGAGUUGUCUGUGUGCACCUAGACAGCGCAGGGGUACCUGGUUCCUGUAGCAGUCGUGUUCUGCUGGGGGAGAGAAGCAAAUCCGUCCGGACCGCGUUCCUUUUGCACAUGCCGGGCAGCAGUCAGCAGUGCCUGCAGAGGGAAGAGAGAGGUUUUUAUUGAGAGGAAUAGGGGAGGGAGACGCUAGCCCCAAGGAUUUAAGACGGUAGCCCUGAAUCCCAAUCAUUUCUCCUUCAUACAUCAUUUUGUAUUGAGUGGGCUUGUGCUUAAAUGGGGAAAAAAUCCAGAACAAAAGGAUGAUGAACAUCAUGAGAAACUGCUGUUGACUGUCAAUGGCCUCCUAUUGUUUGAUUGCAAUGUGUGUGAAGGAAAAAGGACACCGUGGCUCCCCGCUCAUUUCCUCCCCGCUUCAGCUUCUGUGUCUCGGGUUGUUUUUUUAUUGUUUCCUAUGCCCAGGAUCAAUUCAGUUAUUUACAAGCCCCAAAGCUGGCCAAGAGCCAACCGUACCCGUUUCUCUGCCAUUCCUACCUUCGCUGUUCCCUCCUGCCUCUUGUCUUGGAGCCCCAGUUUCUGUCUGGGCCUAAAGAAUUGCCCGGUCUAUACGUAUGUCUGUCUGCUUGACUGUCUGUCAUUCAGGACUUGCUGUGGUUGUCAUGUCUGCAGCCACACGUUAGUAUCUCCAGAACGACUUUUCCUUAAGCAGCUCCUUGCCAAGACACGCGGCUUUCCAACCUCCCUCACCCUCUGAGCUUUGUGCGUUUGACCGUGUGGGCUCCUCCUCAAGUGGCAUAAGAUGCUCCUUCCAACGGAGCGUUACUCGUAGAGCGCCAGGGGAGAGCUGGCCAAACAGCUCUUCUGGUUGCCUUUGUGUCGUGGCACAUGCCUAACCGACAGCGAAGAAUAGGGUCUGUAUCAUAAAACAGGUUUCAUGUCAUGGACGUGUCUCCAGGUGGGACAACAUUUUGCAGGGGAGAAAAUUCCGUCAUGAUAAGGACAAAUACCGAGGCUCUGGAACUAGUUAUGGGGAAAAAAGCACUUUAAAUAAUAAUCUUUCCACUUGAAGCCUCUCCCAAGAGAGGCUUAAGGCAGUGACCUAAACUCGGGCUGAAUUGGAGGUCGGGGUCUGCUCUGCGCUAGCAACAGACCUUAGCUGAAUAUCAUGAAAUACGAAACCUACAACUGGAAAGAGUGACGUGAGGGCUCACGCUGAUUACGUCUGAUCCACACCAGAAUUUCAGAAGAAUAUGAGGCUCUGGAAGAGGGGGGAAAAAAAAAUCCUACAUGGUACAUAUUCCCAUUGCUUAAGAACAGACUUUUUUUUAAAAUCUGCUGUGUCUGCAGCUGUUACCUUGUGAGCCUCUCUCUUGUUUACACUCAGUCAAAAAAUAAAACAAAAAAUACUCUCAGUGCAAUUAAAUUCACCGGGAGCAAUUCACUGGUCUUAAAUCCAAGGAAACCAGAAGUACCCUCAUAGAGCAAGGUUUGUCCCAGCACACGCUAAACCUUUGGGAUUAGUCCUGGGGAACGGAGCAGGCCUUUGAUUCCCAUCCUUAAUAAAGAAGGGGCGCAGUUCCUUCCCGCGCAGUAAGGCCGGGUCCUACUCCUGACCCAAGAGAUCUGGUGCAUCUCCUGUGCAGGGGUUGAUUUCCAACAGCCAGCUUAACGGAGACACAAGGUCUGGCGUGAGGUGCCUUUUUCUAGGAAGCUGCUGUAGAUGCGACCCUGCGUCCCGGGGCCGAGAAGGUGCCCGUUGCUGGCGCUGCCUGACCUCCCGCACCAAGCGGUGGGAGCUCCCUGCGGAGGAGCAGCCCAGGUCCCCUCUGCCGUUGAACCUGAGGUGGGGUGCAAAAGAUGAGUGGUCUUCCCAACAGCCAAGUGUCUGCCAUGCCUCCUCUUUGGGGAACGAGAUGACAAACCCCCCCCAACCCCCCCAAGAGAAGCAGAAGGUGAAAGAGGCAGCCGUGGUCCGAGCAUCGCAGCACUGCAUUGCCCCAAGCAGCACCCGCUCGCUCUGCUUGACAUCUAGUCCCUGUCCCCACCCCGUCCCCUCGGCUGAUCCUGCUCGGGGUGUGAGCCUUCCCGACAACGCCUGACGUCGUGGUCUCUUGUUCCUCUGUCCCAGUGAGGUUGCUACUCUCGCUCGCAGCUCCGUCGUCUGUAACGUCUGCCGUUGCACUGUCUUCUUCUCCUGUGCAUGUGCUCGUUUUGCUUUUGUGUGGUUUUGGGGGUGUUCUCUCCUUGUUUAAUUGUCUGAGAUGUACUAGUGUUGACUUGUUUGUUGUUCUCUUGCCUCUGAUCCAGUCUUCACACAAAAAAAAACCACCAAAAAACCCCAACAACAACCCCACAGACCAAAACAACAAAACCCAGCAACAACCCCAAACGAAAAGGGGUUCCGUUGGGAGAAGGUGACUUUUGGCAUCAGGGAGUUGACACAACAAAGUCAGGGCUGGGCAAGACAUGGGUCAGGGCCUGGGGAAGAGAACAGAGGUCCCAGCUGGCAGCUGUGUCUGUAGGGAGCAGGGAUGGGGACCAGGCACCAUCUCAGCACUCAGCCGCCAGAUGCUCCGAGGGAGGUUUCUGCAGAAUUUGAGAGUUUGUGUGUGUGUGUGUGUGUGUGUGGUGGGAAUUUUGUGCCUCCUCAGGAGGGGCUAUUUUUAGAGCAGAGACAGAGCUGAAAACCGUACGUGCCAAUUCUCCAGAGCUGGGACGGGCAAGGGAAACAUUCACCCGCGGGUUUUUUUUUUUGGUGCGAGGAGCCCAGGUUUGGCCGCGUGCUGGUGGCUGGGAGCUGCGGCAAAGGAGGGGUGUGGAAGGACAGGGGGAGACAAGCAGAGGCUGGUGACACCCGUUGGAUCAACCAGUAGCUCCUUUUUAAAUUCAAGCAGCUACUUGCCAUCACUGCUGCAUAAACCCCUUGGCCCUCAGUGAAGGGUGGAGUAAAGCUAAACCCCCCCAUGCCCACCUUCUGUCCAUUCUUACCACCUUCGUUCUUCUCGGGAGAUCCACGCGUUCAAAAGCAGGCUGGUCAGGCUGGUUGUCUCCUCCACUGUGCUUCCCGUCUAGCAGCUGUCGUUCCACCCCGUUUGGUGGCUCACAAGAGGAAGGGCCCGAGGAAGGAAGAAGUGCCAGGAGGCCAAAUUCACCGCAGGGGUAGGAAGUGCUGUGCCAGGGAGGGGCCACCAGAGCUUCAUACGCUUCAGGAACGAGAGGAAAGAGCCCAAAGCCACCACUCGUGGGAUUUCAGGUGCAGCCCAGAAUAGACCCAGGUACUAUGCAUGCCUUCCUUGGCCUGAGGCUCUGACACGCUGAGAAGGACCCUUCCCCUUUGAGCAACAGUUUGAGAAGGUGUCUCCUGUGAUAGCAGCCAUCCAUCCAGCGUGCCCUCUUACGGCUCAGCUAGCCCGUCAGCCAGCCAGGGACACGUCAGCUGGCCCAUCCUGGCUGAAGUAGCUGAAAGCACCUACCGAUAAACAGUAAAAGACCAGAAGCGAGCCCAGAAUGCACGUCCCAGGCAUUCACAGCAUGGCGGGGUGGUUUUAGUUACUCCCACUGCUACUCUCUACCUCAUUUUCCAGUUGCACUCAGCUGGGAGAAGAGAAUCCCUGAUAAAAAGGGAUACUACAAAGAGCCACUAAGAUGAUGAAGGGACUGGAGCACCUCUCCUGUGAGGAAAGGCUGAGAGAGCUGGGACUGUUCAGCCUAGAGAAGAGAAAGCUCAGGGGGAUCGAUAUACCCAAAGGAAGGGUGCAAAGAAGAUGGAGCCAGGCUCUUUGCAGCGGUGCCCGGUGACAGGCCCAGAGGCAAUGGCACAAACUGAAACACGGGAGGUUCUGCUUGAACAUCAGGAAACGCUUUUUUGCUGUGAGGGUGACUGAGCGCCGGGACAGGUUGCCAGAGAAGUUGUGGAGUCUCCAUCCUUGGAGACAGUCAAAAGCCACCUGGACACGGUCUUGGGCAGCCUGCUCUAGGUGGCCACGCUUGAGCAAGGGGGUGGGACCAGAUGAACUCCAGAGGUCCCUUCCAACCCCCACCAUUCUGUGAAAACAAAAACGCCAUGCAAGUGGUGCCAGGUGCGCUGAAGCCCAGGCUUUGCAAGACACUGAGAGCUGAUGCUUCAAGAUGGCAGCAGGCGGGGCCAACGCGAACAUCAGUAGCCUUUGCUUACCUUGGAGAAGGUCUAGGUGAGCCCAGGCAGGAGAAAGCCCCGGGGGCACCAGCGAGGGAAAUCCUGAUCCAAGGUCAUUCCCCAGCUCGGGAGAAGGCACGUUGUGAAGGGAACGCUUCACAUGUACCGGCUCCCCUGGGAAAGGGAGGGCGACGGUCACCCUUCACCUUCUCUUGUGUGAAGGCUGGAGGCUUGCAGGUGAGAAAUGACACAGGGACCCUCAGGCUCAUUUCUAAUUUCACUCCGAGACAGCUUCACAGCAGUUUAAUGUUCAGUGUGGCGCUGAGGAAGAGCGUGUGUGUGGUGAACACGGAGGCAAUGAAGGCCCCUUCUGCAUUCAGGAGGCUUCGAAGGUAGAAGUAGCCAAGAGAAGGUCCCAGGGCACCUCUGGAUGGAAAAGAAAAGAAGUACUUCCAUUACUAGAGCAGCCAGUACAAGCAGAAAGACAUUCGGAUCAAAUGCUUUGCAACCUGGAUGCGCCGGUGAAACAGCUGAAUGUUUCAGUGACAGGAACGGGACGCAGAGCAGGGGACGGCCCGUUAUCGGUUAGGCUGGGACGCGGGACUGCUGGUUCUACCUUAGGAUGGCCUGGAGAUGGGAUGCCCUCUUAGGCCAGCCCCGCUCACGGUGUUGCCCAGGGGAGCACAAAGCAGCGAGUGAACUUACAGAGGAAAAAAAAUACACAUAUAAAAAAAAAAAAGCCAGGCCUGCAACCUCCCUGCACGUGGGCUGUCGGGGCAAAAGAGGGGGGGCAGAGGAGAAGGAUCGCGUGGGCAGGGGUGAGGAGCAGCUCUGCAGUGAGCCUGGGCUGCCGUUUGCUGCAUCCCGGCUGGGCUCUCGGGAUGCUGUCCCAGAUCCGUGUGUGUCAGCGCGCGUCUGCGUGUUUCUAUCCGCGUGUGCCAUCACCUGUUCACUGCAUGAAGGCUGUUCCUCUCCUCUAGCGCCUCCCCUUCAUCCGCGCUCCUUUCUUUCCCGGUGGGGGUGGUAGUUUUAGUCCCCUCUUCAAGCUGAGCCCCGGGAUUCCCGCGGAGGGGCGACGCGGGGGGUGCUCAGCCCUGCGCCGUGCGGAGCAUCCUCAGCUCGCACUGACGAAGGCAGUGGAAACCCUCGCAGGACAGAGCACACGCAGUACAGGAGGAAUUUUUUUUUUCCAAUAGUGCUCUACAGUGAGAACACAAGAACAAAACCUGGAGUGCUGUUUUCCCUGAUUGUUAAUCCGUCUUUUAUUUUUAUUUUUUUUUUUCCUGCACUCAAACCAAUUUUGCAUGCCGCAGGCAGGAAGAGGUACAACGCGUGUUGAUACUAACAGAGAGAGAGCGAGAUUAGACUCUGCUCCGAGUCUAAUCAUAGAAUAAUCUCUACUGUGGUUGAAAAGCAAUAAAUGGCUAAUUUUUUGUUAUUAAGUACACUUGCACAGGCAAACGUCACCUACGGCUUGCGUUCUGCGGCGGCCGAGGUGAGGACGCGGUGCUGAGGCCAAGGGGAGCAGCUGAUGGCCGCAGGGAGCUCGGGGACGGGGGAGGCAAUAGAAAAAAGCACACUGUGAUUUUAUUUGGGUCAACGAGUGAAGUGUAUUUCAGCCAUUCCUUCCCUUUCAAUAAUAUGUUUGUAUAAUAGAUAACCAAGUUCAGCUCCUGGAACUAAGCCCCGUCCUUUGCUGUUUGUCAGUAAAAUAGUUUUUUGCAUGUUUUGCAUCUGAGUGUUUUUUUUUCCAACCCUUUGAAGCGAGUGACACUCCGGGGUGGGGGGGUGAGAGGCUGGAGGCUCCGCGGGGGCAGGUCACCGACCGGCAGGUCACCAGCGCGACAAACACGGUUUGUUUGUCGCCACCGGGCACAGACGCGGCUCGGACGGUGGGGGGAAUCACGCUGCGCCCGGCCCCCAUGCGUGAGGAAGCGCCGCGCCAUUGCCCCCGGGUUACGCGACAUCGCGGGAACGCCGUCCCAGAUUUUACCCUGCUUGCCUCCCACUCACUGGGAACACGGGGAAGGCUCUAAGGUCCAAAACUGAUUUAAAAGGAGGAGACAAAUAUUUUACUGUUAAAAGCAAAUUCUGUGUGGAAGCUGCCUCCAGAGAGGAGCCCAUUGCCUGGGAGGGCAAGGGAGAAAGGCAGGGUGCGGGAGACCUCGGCUUUGGCACGGACAAGGAGAGAUGUGCACGUUUCAGUACCCACAUCUGCCGCCACAAACCAGCCCUUUAACAGUCUCCAUUCUGCUUUUCUCUCCUGGAACAGGACCACGCGCACACACACACACACAAACACAGCAAGUCUGACACCGAGUGGGACUUCAGCCCUUCUGCGCAAAGACGCUGAUGCACGAGUUGUUCUACGCGUCUGGGCACGUCUGAGGCUUUGGUGGAGACACUGUGUGAAAGCAGAGCAGCAAUAAAAUAAAAAAAAACAAAACCCAACCCAACACCCAAGCAAAGAAACCCCCACAACAAGAAUAAACCCCACAGCGGCCGGAGAGAGAGGGAAGAAAACCCACCCAGGCAGCACGGCAGGGAGCUGCUGCCAGGGACCUGAGCCAUAGUUGCAGGCACUGGCGUCUCGAAUUGUGUCUGGGGGC